ACAAGACUAAUCGUGUUUUGUCGGCUGUAUACACCUUCCCCGCUAAGCACAGGUCUUACCACUCACUCUGCGGUAUCGACAUGCAGUUGGAAAGCAUGGUGGCUCCUAAGAGCCCGCCAUCCCUGCUGGCUUUGUUGGGCACCCGCUGCAGAAAGCGGCCGUAUUACUUUGAAGACCCAGCGCAGCAGCAGCAACAACAAGAAGAAGCCCCCAUUUAUCGCAAGACCUUAAACUGCUGCGACACAAGGAAGCAUGCGGCUGAUGUUUUCCCUGUGCCAACUUCUGGAAGUUUCCAGGACCGUCGCAGCACCAUUAAAUCCCCAAACUCCAAGAAACGACUCAGAGAAGACUCCGUGGGUUCAGAGACUGCGUCCAAAGCGAAGGAUGAUGCUGGCGCAGAGAGCACUACUGAAGACUGCAAAUAUAACUCAUUCCAGUACUGGAGGGUCCCUCUGCCUGAACUUGAUCUCUCACUGCUAGACGAUGCCAAUGCCCAGUCCAAAACAAAAGACAAGUCAAAGGUCAAAAACUCCUCAGAUGCCAUGGAGACCUGAAAGUGAAAGGUGCAGCAAGUUUGUUAUGGUCUGUCAUGACUUCAGCUGGCAAAUGUGAUGCUUUUCAGCAGAUGAACACAUCAGAAGCACAUUAGCAACACUUGAGGUUGCACAAAAUAAUUAAUUCAGGCCAAGGUAGCCCUGUCAGAUGGAUAGUGAGACAGGCCUGUGUUGGUGCAUUCACUCACAGUAGGCAAACUAACAAUAUCUGCCCUGCAGUAAUACAGUUGUUACAGUGGUGACCAAAAUAUGGUGAUUUUCUUUUUUUGCAAAAUCAUGGAAAAUCAAUCCAUCCAUUUCCAAGUUGUAGCUUGUUUAUUAAUCCAAGUGUUCUAUUUAAAAUAACAUCCACAUUGAAAAUAUCUUUAUGUGAACAGUAUUUCAUGUUUCUUGUGUUUGACUGGAUUUUGUUUUGUGCAUAAGCUCUACCUUG